UAAUAAUAAGCAACUUGAGCUGCUACAGGAACUGCCUAAUAAGAAAUCUAAGCGCUGUGGCCUUAAUAGGGUGGAGACUUUGAACCCCUCCUCUGCUUCGAAGGAAACGUAAUUUAACACUGCAAUCAGCACUGGAAUGCCAAGCAUUGCGCAGGACUGUGAUCAUCGAUCCAGUUCAUUGAUAUUAUACAUAAAAUAACGGACGGGUGAGAGUGUUCCGUUGUGAUUGUGGUAGAAGACUGACUUAAUUGAAUAACAAUGCACAAUUCCAACAGUUCACCAAUUAUCACACAAUGGCAAUGCCAUCCACUGCCAAUCGUAAUCUGGUGACAUUAUGUAAAGUAGAUCAAUUGAAGAGGGUUCUACACACUUUGCUUACCACUCGCAAUCCCCCUGUUCACUGUACUGCAUAUCUUCAACCAUUGCACAACUGUAUUACCAACAAUGUGCUUUUACAAGGUAAAAAAUUCCACAAUCUGGGCGAUCAGAGGGGAUUUGGGUUUGUUCCGCGCACGUUUUCUCAAAACAACCUUAUCAACAUGUAUGUCAUGUGUGGUAUUUUGUCAGAUGCUCGUAAAGUCUUUGAUGAGAUAACAGAACGAGAUGUCUCUUCAUGGAAUAUCAUAAUUGCAGCUUACAGAAGACACGGUUAUCCUCUCGAUGCAUUGACACUGUUUCAUCGAAUGGAACAAACAGGUGUCCAACCCGAUCAGUUUACCUUUGCCAGCAUACUCCCAGCCUGUGCCAAACUUGGAGAUUUGGAAGAGGGUAUGGACAUCCAUAUCAGCAUAAUGGAAAGGGGAAUUUCGUCAGAUGUAGUUGCUAAUGCCCUGGUAGAUAUGUAUGCAAAAUGUGGGAGCAUACAUAAAGCACGCGAACUGUUUGAUAAAAUGCCUCAAAAAAAUGUGGUUUCGUGGACUGCGAUGGUUGCAGGAUAUGCACAAAAUGGUGUUCUUGACGAGGCAAUGAGAAUUUUUAAAGAAAUGCCACAAAGAAAUGUGGUUUCUUGGAAUGCCAUGAUUGCAGGGUAUGAACAAAACGGGUUUGCUGAGAAAGCCUUGGAAACUUUUAAGCAAAUGCGAUUGGCGGGUGUAAAGCCAGACUCCAUGACAUUUCCGAGCGUUCUCACAGCCUGUGCCAAAAUACGAGCUGUAGAUCAGGGUAUGAACACUCAUCAAAACAUAGUCGAACAUGGAUUUUUGUCAGAUGUUGUAGUUGCGAAUGCCCUGAUAGACAUGUAUGCUAAAUGUGGACGUAUAGACAAGGCCUGUCAACUGUUUGAUAAAAUGCCUCAAAGAGAUGUGGUCUCAUGGAAUGCAAUGGUUUCAGUAUAUGCACAUAAUGGAUUCUUUUAUGGGGUUUUGGGAACUUUCAAGCAAAUGCAAUUCUUUGGUUUAAAGCUAGCCUCCUCAACCUUUGCAAGCAUCCUCCCAGCCUGUGCCAAAAUGGGAGCUUUAGAACAAGGUAUGAACAUUCAUCAAAGAAUAAUGGAAGGGGGAUUUAUGUUGGAUGUUGUUGUUGCAAAUGCCUUGGUAGACAUGUAUGCAAAAUGUGGAAGCAUACACAAGGCACGAGAACUGUUUGACAAAAUGCCUCAAAAAACUGUGGUCUCUUGGACUGCAAUGGUUGCAGGAUAUGCGCAAGAAGGUGUUCUGGACGAGGCAUUAAGACUUUUCAAAGAAAUGCCUCAAAGAAAUGUAGUCUCGUGGAAUGCAAUAAUUGCAGGAUAUGCACAAAAUGGGUUUGUUGAAGAUGCCUUGGAAACUUUCAAGGAAAUGCAAUUGGCAGGUGUAAAGCCUGAUUCCACAACCUUUGCCAGCGUUCUCCCAGCUUGUGCCAAAAUGGGAGCUUUGGAACAGGGUAUGGGCAUACAUCAGAACAUAAUCAAAGGUGGAUUUUGUUCAGAUGUUGUAGUUGCAAGUGCCCUGGUAGAUAUGUAUGCAAAAUGUGGUAGCAUAUACAAGGCACACGAAGUGUUUAACAAAAUACCUCAAAGAAAUGUAAUCUCAUGGAAUGCUAUGAUUGCAGGAUAUGCACAAAAUGGUUUUUGCAAGGAUGCUCUCGUACUUUUUGAACGGAUGAAGCACUCCGAAGCAUGCCCUGAUCAUGUAAGCUUUGCUUGUGUUUUAUUAGCAUGCAGCCAUGCAGGUUUACUGGAAGAGGGCUGUACAUAUUUUAAUGGAUUGAGUGACUCUUGUUGCACUGAACCUACAAUUGGUCAUUAUGUGUGCAUGGUUGACCUUAUUGCCCGUGCUGGCUAUCUUGAGGAAACUCUAAACUUCAUCAUCAAAAUGCCAAUUAAACCUGUGGUGGUUGUGUGGAUGUGUUUGCUAGGUGCCUGUAGACCACAUAAGAAUAUAAAGCUAGGAGUGUUUACAGCAGCUCUUCUUUUUGAGAUGGAUCCAAAAAAUGUUGCAACUUAUGUUCUUCUGUCCAACAUCUAUGCAGAAGUGGGCUGGUGGGGUGAGGUUCAACUGGUAAGGAGAUUGAUGAAAGAUAGAGGAGUUAAUAAGAAACCUGGAUGUAGUUGGAUUGAAGACCAUAAAAUGGUACAUACAUUUUGUAUGGGAGACAGAUCGCACCCACAAACACAGGAGAUCUAUGCAAAGUUAGAGAAAUUGUCUUGGGAGAUGAAGGCUGCAGGGUAUUUACCAGAUUCAAGACUUGUGCUGAAUGAUGUGGAGGAGGAGGAAAAACAAUCAUUCCUCUGCCACCAUAGUGAGAAGUUAGCAAUUGCAUUUGGAUUGUUGAACACCCCCCCUGGUACAACUAUUAGAGUUGUCAAGAACCUUAGAGUAUGCAUUGACUGUCACACUGCAACCAAGUUUAUCUCCAAGAUUGUUGGAAGACAAAUUGUUUUGAGAGAUGUAAACCGGUUCCAUCAUUUCAAACAAGGACAAUGUUCUUGUGGAGAUUAUUGGUGAUGCUAAGUGAAGUACUCUGUAAACUAAGGCUUACACUUUAAUGAAGUGCACCGAGUCAGACAUGCAACAACAAAGAAGAGAGCAGGAUUUAUUUCCAAUUUCUGAGUUUUUCUUUCUUCAGUGUUUGGAGAUUAGAGCACACUGUUGUCUUCAUAAAAUCAAAUGUGACUUCAUAAAACCAAAAAUAUGCAUCACUGCCUCUAUAUAUACAUACAGGGUAUUUGUUAAAGCCAUUUUUUAUGCUACCUUGAAGGUGCAAUGAAAAUGAACUGUUUCAGAAAACAUGCCCAUGUCUCGAAUGAAAAGUUGGAGGAAGAGGGAGAAAAUGGAAAUAAGCAAAAGGAGAGGAAUACUCGAGGGAAAUGUAAAUAUGCUUGGCCAACAGGACAUUUGAGCGAAAGGCUUACAAUCGAUACACUGGUUAGAGUUGAUUGGAAGCAUAUGCUCUUUUAUCAGGAUUAAUUGAAUUAUGUUGUGUCUAUGUCAGGUUUGCAAUCUGGGAUUAAAUUUGCAUAUAUCAGAUUUGAAGAACUUGACGAGAGAAACACUUAGUGUGGAUACAUCAUAACAUCGUUAAAUUUGGUUCUUUCUUUGUGUACUACAAAGCCAAUAAAUGUUAGUAAUCAACACAUAAAGUAAGUCCAGAGAUAU